CCGAAACGGCCACCUCCCCCGUGGCAGCGCGCGCCGCCCACGCCGCCAUCAUCGGCCCCGCUCGGAGGGCCGGGCGGGCACCAGGACGGGAAGGAGCACGCCCUCGAGUGGCGCGUGAACAGGCCCAGGGCCGACAAGACCAGGAGCCCGCCCAUGACCUGCGAGGACGCGGGGUGCGAGAACUGCUACAGCAAGCCAGGGUGCGUGUACAAGGAGGACGACCUGGCAGCUUUCGGGUCGUGGCUGGAUCAGGGCAUGACGCCGCUCGCCACGUACUGGGGCGGCAGCGGGAAUACCUGGAUCGACGGGGUCCAGGACGACGAGGCCGGCGGCUGCAGGCUGGGCCCGAAGGGCACCCCCGGGACGGAGGAGUACGGGGACUACGAGGCCGGCGGCGGCUGCGGCGACGCGUGGUUCAGCGUCGGAGAGUUCUCGCUGGAAGACAUCCAGGACCCGGUCAAGGACUGGGACAAGUUCUUCGCGGAGAUGGAUUCGAAUCCUUUGGUCCAGCAGCUCUGAGGUCUUUUUGUCUGCCUGUUCUCUGCCGUCUGCAUGCGUGGCGGUUCGGGCGCGCACAUACCGGGGGGGGGAUCUGAGGGCGGGGACGGGGCCACCCCGACACCAGCCACAAUCAUGCGACGAAGCCUUGCCGUCAGCCGCAUGUCGUUAAUUCGAUGCUGAAUUCGGAUGGAAUUGAAUAAUUUGAAUCUCGUCUGACCGGCGCCGAGCUGGCAGCCGACUGGCCGUCGUUGCGAGGCGCUCUUGCACCUCCGCGCCAAAUGGGCGCGGCUGGCGCGCGUCGUCGCUGAGGCUCAGGUGGGCUUCUCGAGAAUAGGACCGCCAUGCUCUGCACUUGCAGGCAGCGGCCGCGGGCCCAGUCGCCUCUGGCCCCCUGGGGCUCGCGUGGCGCCCCUCGAAUCGGGCGGGCCCCCAGGCCCGGGAUGGGUCGUUCCAGAGCGUUCCAGAACGCUCUUGGGAUGUUCUGGAGCGCUCUGGAACUCGAGGAAGAAAAACGACACAAACAUACACUUUUGGCGCUUCGCGCGGAUUUCUUGGAUCUGCGCUGGAGCGCUCUGGCAGCGCCUCUGGCGCCGCCCCCGGCGCGCUCCGCGCGCCAGGGAGGGGAUCCAGCGCAAACCCAAGAAACCCACGCGCCGCGCCAACAGUUUAUGUUUAUGCCGUUUCUUCUUCUUCUUCUUCUUCUUCUUCUUUUUCUUCUUCUUCUUUG